UAGUUGUUAGCAAUCUAGGUACUGCACGAGAGUCUGUGCUUGUUGCAUAUUAUUUUCCGCAUCGACGUCAAUCAGUCAAUUGACCGUAAGAGCGUCUUGGAGUCACGCGCGUCAGUGCAGUUACGUUAACGAGCAAUUAUGAGCUGUGGAUUCGUUACUUGCGGUCCGAACGAGGCACUCGUUGUUUCAGGAUGUUGCUACAGCAAACCGUUUUUGGUGCCUGGAGGCCGGGUAUUUGUUUGGCCUAUUGUACAACAGGUACAAAAAAUUUCAUUAAACACAAUGACUUUACAAGUUGAAAGUCCGACGGUCUAUACUUGUCAAGGAGUACCGAUAUCUGUAACAGGCAUAGCACAGGUAAAAAUUCAAGGGCAAAAUGAGGAAAUGUUAUCAACAGCAUGUGAACAAUUUCUUGGAAAAUCUGAGCAAGAGAUACAUGAUAUAGCUUUGGUCACUUUAGAAGGUCAUCAACGGGCUAUAAUGGGCAGCAUGACUGUGGAGGAGAUUUACAAAGACCGCAAAAAAUUUAGCAAGGAGGUCUUUGAAGUUGCAAGCAGCGAUCUAGUCAAUAUGGGCAUUACCGUUGUGUCAUACACAUUGAAAGAUAUUCGAGACGAAGAAGGGGCAAAGGGUUACUUGCAAGCGCUCGGUAUGGCUCGUACCGCAGAGGUGAAGAGAGAUGCGAGAAUAGGUGAAGCGGAAGCUCGCAGGGACGCUCAGAUUAGAGAGGCUAUUGCCGAGGAGCAAAGGAUGGCCGCACGUUUCUUGAAUGACACUGAGAUCGCGAAGGCGCAACGUGACUUUGAGCUGAAAAAAGCAGCUUAUGACGUUGAGGUUCAAACUAAAAAAGCGGAAGCAGAAAUGGCUUUCGAGUUGCAAGCAGCGAAAACCAAGCAGAGGAUUAUGGAGGAACAAAUGCAGGUGAAAGUCGUGGAACGUAGUCAGGAGAUCGCUGUGCAGGAGCAAGAAAUGAUGAGACGCGAAAGGGAAUUGGAUGCUACUGUACGGCGUCCUGCUGACGCUGAAAAAUACAGAUUAGAGAAAAUGGCCGAGGCAAACAAACUACGCCUCGUUAUGGAAGCCGAAGCCGAAGCAGAAGCUAUUAAAAUUCGUGGUGAGGCGGAAGCCUUCGCUAUCGACGCGAAGGCUAAAGCAGAGGCAGAACAAAUGGCAAAGAAAGCCGCGGCGUGGAACGAAUACAAGAGCGCAGCCAUGAUAGAUAUGAUGCUCGAUACGCUUCCGAAGGUUGCUGCGGAGGUAGCCGCUCCUCUCUCUCAAGCGAAGAAAAUAACCAUGGUCUCCAGUGGUAAUGGUACUGUUGGUGCCGAAAAAUUAACUGAAGAAGUCUUCAAUAUUGUACAGCGUGUUCCAGCACUCGUUAAGACUUUGACAGGCGUGGACAUUGCAAAGUCGGUUCAUGCUGCGUAAAAAGUGCGACAUGAAGGCGCACUUAUGAUUUCCUGGUCAUAUACUGCAAUAUACAAUUAAGAAACGAUAUUUGACGAAUCUUUUUAAUAUAUAUAUAUAUAUAUAUGUAUUUACUUUGUAUAUGUCUUAUGUCGUAAUGAGAAUUUAAUAUAUAAUUUAACAUUGAAAAUCUCAUAUUAGAGAGAGAAAGAAAGUUCAACACUUUCACUGCCAUUUUAUGUAAGAGUUACUUAUAAUAUAAUAACAACAAUCCCCCUCAAAUCGAUCUAUUACUUUGACUUCCUAACCAUCACUGGUUAGAAUUUAAAUUUAAAUGAUAUUGUAAUUUUAGAAACAGACUUUACAGAAAUAAUUUUAUGACGCACUCAUUCCAACAGCUUUUACUUAUUUGGACAGUGAAAGUGUAAUAUGACAUAUGUGGUAUAAUGCAUUAAGUUGUUUUGAUAUUGUUUUUGUAUUAAUUAUUUUUUUAUUAAUAUUGUUUGCUAAUCAUUGUAUUUUAAUUCAGUUAUAAAUUUUGUUUAUAUAUUUGUUUUAUUGUAUAUUUUAAUUUGUUUAUCUAAAUUAUUAAUCACGAGAAAGGGUGUGCUGUGUGCAUUCUAUCGAAUUCCCCAAAUAUUGAAUCUGUCAAUCGAUGAUAAUGGUCCACAUUUCUCAUACUCUAAUUCUAUGCCAAUAUGUGCCCAAAUACUCUAUUAUAUGUACCUUCUAAAUAUAAAUUAUCAGAUAACUAUUUAGAGAUGAAAAUAUUUGACGUUUCUUAACGUCACUUAAUAUAAAAGAAUUUUUUUUGAUAAUUCUUAAGAUAAAUUUAUAUGUGUGAGCGCAAGCGUUCUAUUUCCUGUACAUCUACAAAAAAAAGCAAAUAGUAAUAUAUUUUAUCCCACGUUUAGAUAUAGAUCAUGUUACUGUGAUCUUUUCCUCUCUAAGUAUUUAUAUAUAAAUCUAUAAUUAUAGUCUCUAACUAUAUGCAUUUAUAUAUGAUCGAUAAAUCCCUCAAAUAAAUUGUGAUUUCGUGUAAAGUAACGAAAUACAAGUAAAUGUUAUGAACAUA